GGCUUGGAAAGGCGCUUUUCCUAGUCGCGGAGAAAACCAAAGCGCCUCUCUGCUCCUGCUCCCGCCGCCGUUGAGCCGCGCCUCCCUCCUCCCUCCUUUCCUUUCACUUGCUCUUUGCUUUCCCCUGUCACCAGGGCUGGCAGGCGAGAGAGGAGGAGGAGGAAGCGGGCGGGGAGUGCAGAGCAGAGCAGGGGGAGAAGCAGAAUCAAAACAAGCGAGACACGCCUUUCCCCUUGCUUGCGCUUCUUCCCGUGGCCAGGCGGCUGUGGUGCGUGUGCAUGCGACGGGGCCGUGGUGCGUGAGAGGGGGAGGGCGAGUUUGCGCCUCCGCCUGACAAUGGAGCUUCAAUAAGCCGGGGUUGGUAGUGGUGGUAGCAGCCGCAGCAGUAAGACAGGCAGCAGCCUCCACCACCACCGUCGCCUCCGCCUUCUCCAGUUUCCCGCCGCCGCCGCCGCCGCAGCGACCCGCUCCUCCUUCUCCUCCUCCUCCUCCCACGGCGAUGCCGAACCAGAAGAGUAACAAGGGCAAGAAGAACAAGCGCGCUAACAGCAGCGGGGACGAGCAGGAAAAUGGAGCCCUGGCAGCGGCGGGGGCGGCUGGGACUGGAGGAGCCCUGGCUGCGGUGGCCGCGGUGGGCGCGAGCGGGCCAGCGGCAGCCCCAGGAAGCGCAGGAGGCUCCGGUGGAGCGGCGGCUGCGACGGGCUCGUCUUCGGGCGACUCCAAGAACGAAGCAGCUUGUGCCACACCACUGAUAUGUAGCUUUGGACGGCCUGUUGACCUAGAAAAAGAUGACUAUCAGAAAGUUGUAUGCAACAAUGAACAUUGUCCGUACAGCACUUGGAUGCACCUUCAGUGUUUUUAUGAAUGGGAGAGCAGCAUUUUGGCCCAGUUUAACUGCAUUGGGAGAGCAAGGAGUUGGAAUGAGAAACAGUGUCGACAAAACAUGUGGACCAAGAAAGGGUAUGAUCUUGCCUUUCGAUUUUGUUCUUGCCGAUGUGGGCAAGGCCACUUAAAGAAAGACACUGAUUGGUACCAAGUAAAACGGAUGCAAGAUGAGAAGAAGAAGAAGUCUGUGUCUGACAAAAGUACUGGAAGAUCAACCUCGGAGUCCUCAGAAGAUGUUAAAAAGUGCAGACCUGCCAACAAACCGCAGAAAGGUUUAAACCACGAUAUCCAGCGGCGACAUUCAAUGGAUAGGCAGAACUCUCAAGAGAAAGGCACAGCUAGCAGUAGCUAUGCAGUCCGUUCUCCCUGUGGUUCUCCAGGCCAGUCCCCUCCAGCAGGUUACUCUGUACUUGCUCCCACACAUUUCAGUGGACCCCGUUCUUCGCGAUACUUAGGAGAAUUUUUGAAGAACGCGAUUCAUCUAGAACCUCACAGAAAGAACUUGGCCAAUAGCAGCUUGUUCAGGAAUGCUCACUUCGAUUAUGGGACAUCUGGGCUGCAAGCACAUAGAUCAGGACAUUUUGAUGCCCCCGUACAAUUUUUGAGAAGGCUUGAUCUAUCUGAACUUCUUGCUCACAUACCCCGGCAUAAAUUGAACACUUUCCAUGUUCGGAUGGAAGACGAUGCCCAAGUGGGUCAAGGAGAAGACCUACGGAAAUUCAUUCUUGCAGCACUCAGUGCCAGUCACCGAAAUGUUGUCAACUGUGCAUUAUGCCACAGGGCACUGCCAGUAUUUGAACAGUUUCCAUUGGUAGAUGGAACCCUAUUUCUUAGCCCAUCAAGACAUGAUGAAAUUGAAUAUGAUGUUCCCUGUCACCUUCAAGGACGGCUCAUGCACCUCUAUGCUGUUUGUGUAGACUGUUUAGAAGGAGUUCACAAAAUUAUCUGCAUAAAGUGCAAGUCCCGGUGGGAUGGAAGCUGGCAUCAACUGGGAACUAUGUAUACUUAUGAUAUUCUAGCAGCGUCUCCCUGUUGUCAGGCUCGACUGAACUGUAAACAUUGUGGGAAACCUGUUAUAGAUGUACGUAUCGGGAUGCAGUAUUUCUCAGAAUACAGCAACGUUCAGCAGUGUCCACACUGUGGAAACUUGGACUAUCAUUUUGUGAAGCCAUUUUCAUCGUUUAAAGUUCUGGAGGCUUAUUGACAAAAGCUUUGCCAUAGUAAUAGCUAUUUUAUGAGUAUUAUUCCUUUAUUUUACAUAUCUUUUAUAAGAUCUGUUAAGUUCAAGGGGGGUAAUUUUUUUUCUAUCUGAAAAAAGUGCAGCAGCUUUGUGUGAUUGUGUACAUGUGUUCCUAUGUAGAUUUGUGUCAUCAAGACCAUGGUCUUCUUGCCAUGAUUUCACUGAAGGCUGGGGAUGGGGCAGCAUACUGUCUCUCCCUCUCUGCAUUUACCUGAGCAGGGAGGGGAACACCACUCUCUCUCUUUUCAGAGAGUAACCUUAAGACAUGGGCAGAAGUUAUGGAAACCAGUAUCUGGUUCUUAAUAGAUUUUUGUGUCGAUUUGAAGGGAAGGGGGAAAUCUACAUAAAUGGCUCAACAUAGUGGACGUAAAUCAUAUGGCUGUCUUUCCAGAUGGAUGGAAUAUCUGUGGAACAUGGUGAUAGGACUUCUGGGCUAAGGAGCACUCUGUUGCUAUUUCUGCUCCUGCUCCAUGCACUCAAUAUACUGCACUGCCUGAUAGAAUGUAUAGGUUACUGAGAAGAGGAAGAUUCUCAAGUUAGUAUCAUUUUUCCAUUGCCUAAUUCACAAACCUCACAUUUUAUGCUCAGAUCCACUCUGUGCGUUUGCUGUGUCUGGAUGAGGUAGGUGAGCAGAGUGGAUGGGUGUGGAACCAGCACUUCUGUGAGAUUGUCCCUGUGUGUGUGCCUCCCUCAUAAAAUAAACUCCAUGUUUUUGCUCCCUAAUGAAUUUGCCAUCAUCAUUCCUAGCAGCAAGCUCAUGUCCUAAUAGUAUAAUUAGUGCUAGCUGAUAUACGUUGAGGUUCUGUCUGAUGAGGUAAACUUAAAAACAUUGACAAAUGAAUGUAAUGCUAUGUCAGAAAAUGCACUGGUUUUUUUUAAAAAACCCUUAUUUUUGCAGUGUCUUCCUGGAGUAUAUAUUUGAUAAUCAGAGCUGCUCUCACUGACAGAUCAUACUGUUUCCGCUGACAUUGUAAUUCCAGCAGUCAAGAGAAGUUGCUUCUACCAAAAUAAAUGUGAGCUCUUAAUGAGUUGCAUUAUUUCAGCUUCUCUGCAGACAUUUUAAUGUUUUCUUGUGGUUCUCAUAAGGAUUGUUCAGCUUAAUGCAAAGCCUGUUAUAAAGAGCUUACCUGCAUCUGUUGCAGGUCUUGUACUUUUGGUUUGACCCUUGUCACUUUUUGUGCAACUGUAGCAAAUGAAGUGCAAACUAAAUGGAUUAUGUUGCUGAGAGUUGCCUACUUAUGAAUAAAUUUACCUGUAGGUUAGAAAAUGGGUAGAUAAACUAAAACGAAGUACUAAUUUUUUUAAAGAACAUAACCCUUAACUGGAGCCAAUCUAGUAUCCAUCAGUUGUUCUCAAGUCCCAUUCGCUUUAAAAGAAACAAGCUACUCGUGUAGGCAUAUCCUAAGAUUGUGUGUGGGCAUGGUGGAAUUGAAGAGCAUGCCUUAGAAUGCCGGGCCAGAGGUUCCAAAGAGCUUCUUAAAGUCACAGAAGGGGCUUCUCUUUGAACAGGCCUUUGUGCCAUAUCCCAAACAGCAGCACUUUGCCAUGUAGUGGUAGCCUGAAGAGCCCUUUGGUGUGUGGAUUUAAAUGUCAUCUUUUAAAAAAUCCUGGCCAUGAUCUAGGUGGUGCUAAACUGUGGGGGCAGGUAAAAUAGUCAAAUCCUACUUUUUGGUACCUAUUUUGAAAAUGCACUUUUACAUGUAAAUCCUAUGAUUUAACCUUGUGUUGAGGAAUUCAAAGUGAAAUGAAUGAACAGAUUGAUUUUUUGCAUUCCCAUUAGAUACAGAAUCAAAAUAAGUGAGAUUUAUGAACAAAAAUGCACAUGAUUUUUGUAUUUUGAUUCUUAACCAUUGCUUCCUUACCAUGAUUUUGUGCAAGAUGUGUUUUUUUAUAAAAAGGGGGAAUAUGUUAUCUUUUGAAUUAUGAUAGUCUUAAGUGUUUUAUUUUUCAGAACAGAUAGCAGAAAUGAUAUACUUGAAAACUGAAUGCAGUUUUAUGGGACUAUACUCAUAAAAUAAUUUACUAGGAAGAGAUGUUUUAACUAUUUUCUAUAAAUUAUCAGUAAGGGCUAAACAAGAUGUUUCAUCAGAGAUCCAUGAUCAGAUUUUACCAUUUUUUUCUUGUCCUGAAAGGAACUGCGGGAGACAAUUUGGAUUGAGACUGCAGUCUAGGGUAGGGAAAUCUGUUUCCCCAAAACCAAAUCCCCCUUCUUUCCAUUAGCUGUAGCAGCUGAAACAUAUAGGCGCAAUAUGGUUGCAUAUAUGCUUUAUUCUACUAGCUAAAACCAGCUGUGGGGAAGGGGCGAUUUGGAUCGGUGGAGGGUUGGACAUCUCCCAUGUACAUUGCAGCUCUGAUCAAAUCUAUCCCCUGAGCUAUUUUUAGGACAAGAAAAUGACAGGAGGAGAUCACAGUUCCUUGAUAUAAGGUCUAGGUUGGGCCUAAGUCAUUGGCACAAUCCAAUGCACAUGCAAUUUAAGCAGAUUGAGUCAGCCCAAACUCUGUAGUGGAUAAUAGCUUGGUAAAAUACAGUUUGCAAAGAGGUAAGUCCUUCAUUGUGCUUUCAGCAAGUAUAAAUUUAAAUUGAGUCACGCAUUUUCAAAAGAAUGCAAAAAUAUAUAAAUAUAAUAACACAUAGUAUGUUGUCUAAUAAACUAGGAUUUCUGCUUAAUUUUAAAGUGUCCAGUCUCUGCAACAGCUUUAACAGCUUGUGCAGUUUAUGUAAUGCUAUAUCUUUGAAUCAAAAUAAUGCUAUUUAGAAAUCUAACUUCCAAAAAUAAUUAUUUUUUUCUUAAUUGUUCAAGAGGUCAGCUUAACUACAAUUUAAGCAGGUCAACUGCAAUUAAAUAGUUAGUUGUUUUCAGGUGAACUGGAUACAAGCAUUUUUACAUUUUAUCUUCCAGUUUGCAUACUGCAUACAAUUUGACAUUUUGCAUGGAUUUCAAAUCAUGUGGCACUGACUGACCAUUCUGUAUCUGAAGAGAAGAAUGCUGGCAGUUCUAUAGUCAUAUGUUUCACUGUUUGAGGCCUGAAGUUCCUUCCAAGUUUGCACCUUUGAUUUAAAUUGCUUUGAAAAAGUCUGUGUGUUGAGCACAGAGGCCCUGAGGUCACAUUUAUGCACAUGCUUUAUGUACAUGCUUAACCCACACCACUGCAACGGCCCUAUUGUUUUGUAGUUUGUACUGUCAGGGCUGUGCUCAGUAAGCAGUUUCACAGGAUAGCCACUGUGAGGAGGGGACUGAGGGUAUGCCAGACCACUCCUCCCCAUUCCUCAGCAGGGACUGUCAGGCGGUCCUGUUGCCAAAACAACCAGGCCCUCCAUGCACCUGCCAUGCCAAGUGGCACUCCACAGGGGUCCAUAUUGUACUUUCAAGUUGCCCGAUCCCUAAUUUAAGGUAAUGGUGGCAUUAAUCAAAGUAGUAAGACUUUACUUGGACUGAAACCCACAAAUGACCACAAAGAAGGAGAUUCAGGUAAAAGAAAAAGUAUUAAUGUCUGCAGAACUGAAAGUGGUAAAGCAGCACAUAAAUUGCCAGAUUUAAUUUGCCUUUUAAUAAGGAAGCAUAGUUUAUGUGUCUGUCCUGAAAUCCACAGGUGGAUAAGGUUUUACUGUUUAGCUCCUUGUUUUCUGUGAUGUCAAGGAUUAUUUCUCAUGCACGAUUCCAUUGCAUCUGUCAACCACCCCUCACUACUGCAGAAAAUGUAACAGUCCCUGCUCAAAUGGAGUGUGCACACUGAACCUGUAGUGUACAUAUUAGAGCCUAAGAGGUGGAGUACUUACAUUUCAGUGUAUGCUGAGAUAUGUCUGCAUAAAUGUGUGUGUAGCCAUCUAUAAGGAAUAUUUGCAGAAUUUCAGUCAUAAAGAUACAUUGUUAAAAAGAUGAAAGGUUAGGGACUAACCCAGGACAGGUGUGCUAAAAGGGAUAUUCAGUUUUGCCAGCAAAAAGUAUCAGUGGACUUUAUGAACAACAAAUGUGAGUAACGUGUUGCACAUAAAAUUAUUCCAUUAUUUUAGAGUAAAAGAAAAUGUACAAGCAGUUUCUUAAACCAGUUUUACAUUAUUUUGAUUUUAACAGUAUGCACAAUUGUCUACUGUAUUUUUGUAUCAAGAUACUUUGUUUUGUUUUGAAAACAGCUUAGCCAUGAAAUACAGUAUAUUUAAAAAUGAUUUCCAGAGGCAAUUGUCCUUGAGUUAAUAUGGAUCUAGGUUUCUUGUAAUGUUGCUUAAAGUAAUACUUCCAGGCAGGUAUGGCCAACUGGUGGACUGCAGACUGCACUUGGAUUUCUCCCUGUGCCACAGUGAGAUUGCCAGACAUAGCAUGGGUUCUCACCUGCCUCUUGUGCAACUUCUGCUCCUGUUUCCUGAUGAGAGGAAUGCCUGUUGAGUAGGGUUGCCAGGUUCCUGGCCUGAGACUGAUCCUGUAUCUUUAGGAGAAGAGAAAGUCAGCCAAGUGCA